AUGCCGCAAACAGUCCCCACAUCGUCCGCCUACAACAAAUUUAUUCUCUAUGAGAACAGAGUUAGGUUCUACAUUAUCGCCUCAAACACCACCGACUCGAGGCAUCGUAUCAUCAAGAUCGACCGGACGACGCAAGAUGAACUGGUUAUCGUCGAGGAUGAAGGAGAGUACAGCGGGAAGCAGAUGAGUGCGAUGCUGAGGAUGCUGGACGACGGGACUAGGCCGCACGGUGGAUUGGGCAAGGCCAGGGUGUUCUUCGGUGUCGCAGGGUUCAUCAAGUUCACAGCAGGCUGGUACAUGAUCCUCAUCUCAAAGCGCUCAGUCGUCGCCCUGCUAGGUGGCCACUAUCUCUACCACUGCGAGAAUGCAGACAUCAUCCCUGUCUGCUUCAACCACAAGAUUGACAAGCCAACAGAAGAGCAGCGGCUAAUGAACAUCUUCAAGCAGGUCGACAUGUCCAAGAACUUUUACUUUAGCUACACUUAUGACCUUACGUCCACUCUUCAAGACAAUCUCGUCGGCUCAACACGCAUAGCUCGACGCGAUUAUUCUUUCAACGACCGUUUUGCCUGGAACUUCCACAUGAUGUCUGCUGCCUUUACCAGCACCGAGAAACCAGCACCCAAGCAACACUGGUUGGUCCCACUUAUCCAUGGACACGUUGACCAAGCCAAGUUAACCGUGCUGGGACGCGUCGUAUUCGUCACCCUAAUUGCCCGUCGGUCCCGCCACUUUGCAGGCGCACGCUAUCUCAAGCGAGGUGUUAACGACGAAGGCAACGUCGCCAAUGAAGUCGAAACAGAACAAAUCGUAUCUGAAGCACUGACGACACCUUUCUACUUUCCCGACCGCUGCGACUCCGAUAAUAAACAACAGCGACGACCCAGUCCCAAAUACACUAGCUACGUUCAAUACCGAGGCAGUAUCCCAGUCUAUUGGACACAGGAAACAAACAGCAUGGUUCCUAGACCUCCCAUUGAAAUCAGUGUAGUGGACCCCUUCUUCUCCGCAGCAGCCAAACACUUUGACGACCUCUUCAAACGCUACGGAACUCCCAUCACAAUCCUAAACCUAAUCAAACGUCGCGAACCCGUCCCUCGCGAAUCUAAGCUGCUCGACGAAUACACCCAAUGUGUUCGAUACCUCAACCAAUUCCUACCCAAGGACAAGAAGAUGGUCUACCGCGCCUGGGAUAUGUCUCGAGCUUACAAGGAGAAAACCCAAGACGUGAUCAGCUAUCUCGAAGAUCUGGCCGAGGAAUCCAUCCAACUAACCGGAUUCUUCCACUCGGGCCCGGAGCCCUAUUCCCACUACAUCCAGAAUUCUGCCUAUUCCUCCUCUUCCUCCUCCCCAUCUUCUUCACCAUCACCAUCCCCCAUUCCCUCGGCUACAUUCGAUACUUCCUCUACCGACUCUUCCAACCCCCAACCCGCUGUCUGGCGCAACACCAUCAAACUCCAAAAUGGAAUUUGUCGCAUCAACUGCGUAGAUUGCCUAGACAGGACCAACGCAGCCCAGUUCGUAUUCGGUAAACGCGUCCUCGGCCACCAGCUGUACGCACUCGGGAUCGUCGACAACCCUAACCUCGCAUUUGAUACCGAUGCAGUUAACAUGUUAACCGAGAUGUAUCAUGAUCAUGGAGACACUAUCGCAUUACAGUACACAGGAAGCGCGCUGGUCAACCGCGUUGAAACGUACCGACGUAUGCCUCACUGGAACAGUCACUCGCGGGACAUAAUCGAGAACAUCCGGCGUUUCUACGCUAACUCCCUUCUCGAUGCAGACAAACAAGCAGCGAUAAACCUUUUUCUGGGCAUUUCUUCUUCCGAAGAACGCACAAUCACGAACCCGCCUGUCCGCGGAGGCUACCGCUCUUGGUUCAACCCCGACCACCUUUCCACAGCCUACCUCCUCUCUGAAUGCUCAGACGCCCUCGAACAGUUUGCUAAAACUAAGGGGGAUUUCUGGGUGGAAUAUUACAGGCCUAGCUUAUUCACAUCCAUGGGUAAGCACUUUGCGUAUUCGAUGAAUAGCACGUUGAAGUUGCCCGGGUGCGUUAUUUCGGUGGAAAUUGUAAAAGACGGAUCUGACGAAGUGCAAUAUAGGAAAACUGUUAAAGACCUCCACCAAAGUCCGUUCGAACCGCACCAUCUCAGAUCUACGGAUCCUCAAUCUCGGUGCGGCAUCCUCAUACUUUCCGGCCCUACAUUCCAUCUCACUGAGGCUGUCCUUCUUAACAGCGUGGUACAAGGCGUCCGCCGCUGGAUAGGCUCCCAGACCAACCCACACCACCAUCACCACACCAAGAAAGCACAUUCCAAGAACCCUGCCUCCCGGCAUACUGAGAAGGCGAAACCUCUAGGUGGAGCUGUGAUUGAUACGCACAGUACGGAGUAUAUCGCCACGCAAUUGUUGGAUCCCAGUGUACCCGAGGACGAAGAAUUGGAGUACCACGGCUACAUCUCCCAAUGCACAGACCUCCUCGACGCCCCACUUUCAGCGCCCGGCGGCGAACGCAAGGACUAUGAAAUUUACAAGCUUGCCAUCGACACCUCCGUCGGAUCCACCCCCGACUGGCCAGACGAGAUCCCGCGCGAGUUCAUGCUGAGUGUGGAUCGUGCUUCGACCGCGUAUCUGGAUUCUGGAGCGGGGAGAAACCCCUUCCCUGUGACGUUUAAUUAUGAGAAGUGGUUGGGUGGAAUUAUGCAAGUUUGA